AUGGCGGGUUGUUCGACCUCAAACUCGCUUCACUUGCCGUCUCUUUUCCACGGCCUGGCCGAUAUGACUUUUGCUCGCUUCCUUGGCCUCGCGGCUCGCACCCGCGUCCAGACGCUCGCUGUUGUGCAAACCCGCACCUUCUUCAGCAGCGCUACAGUGCUUGCGCACAAGUACCCGCGCCGUGUGAAGAGCAGCUUCUUCCUCUUCUCCGACGAUGUUCGCGACGAUGUUGUCAAGCAGAACCCUGACAUGCCUGCACACCACGUGGUGACCGAGGUUGCCCGCCGCUUCAAGGAGCUCCCCGCGGAAGCACGCGCGGUAGGGUCGCACCUCAACACACAGCUGAAGCGCAUUGCAGAGCAGCGUGGCAUGAGCGCAACAAUCGACUCCCUGAACGAAAUUCGCCACACUCUCUCUGAAGAGGAGAAGGAGAAACUUCGCCAGGAGCGCGUCCGCAGCGCAGAGGAGGUCGCCCCGCUCCAAGAGGCUUGGGACAAUGCCCACCGGGAAGGCCUGGCUGAGCAGCGUAAGCUGGAGGAAAAAUUUGCUUACCGCGCGUCCAUGCGCGACUGGUUUACCAUUGCCAAGAAGCGCCGCUGGAAGGCCGUGGCGGACUUUGCUGACAAGUACGAGGAUUUGAGCGACAUUGAGCGCCAGCAAGUCGCCGACCUUCGCCACGCCCACAAGAAGCGCGCCAAGCGGCACAUCCUGCGCACCCUGCGCGAUGCCGGCUACAACGACGAGGCUGAGUCGUUCUGA